GACUUUCUCGAUUCUGCUGAUUUGCCAUGGGCUGCUUGGCGAGCAAGAAGCCUCCUCCUCCUCCUGCUUCUCCUGCCAAAAAGGACCAGGAGCCGCAAGAAGAUGACGAGGAAACAAAGCAGCUCAUCCAGCAAAUCGCGCAGCGAAUUGUGGAAAUCCGCAGCAAGGCGGAGGACUACAGCACGAAGAUGCAGCAGCAAGUGGCAGAAAUCGAAAACUCAAAGAUUGGUCUGCUGGAAGAGCAGCCGGUGAGAGUGAACGGGAUCGUCAUGGUGGCGUACGAGCCGGAGAUUGUCUCUGACGAAGUGGCCCUGCUAAAGGGCUUGGAAGGGCAACAGAUAGAAAUCCUGAUCCGCGAGAUGGGAGGCUGGUCUUACUGUCGGCGUGUUGGUGACAAAACGCCUGGAUGGCUACCAGCAGACCGUGUGGCAGAACUUGCCCAACUUGUUGCAGAUCAUGAAGUUGGAGACUCUGAAGGUUUGCUGAAUCUCAAGCUCGGCGAUGUUGUCGAGGUCAUUAGCCGCCACUACAGUGGCUGGGCGCAGUGUCGCUUGUGGAAUGGUCCACAACUUCCGGGCUCGGUUGAUAGCAGGCAAAUUGGCUGGGUGACAGAUGCCUACCUACAAGACAAUCGCUCAGAAGCAAUGCUGGCGUCAAAAUGGCAGCGACUGGUUCUGCAGGCGCUUGAGGAGGUAGUUGCCUAUGCGCUACAGCUGGAGACGUACCUCGAGCAGGCCAAGCCCGAGGACCGAAGUGCGGAUCCAGAAUGGAUGGAAAAGUGUAUGCAGUUCUGUUUGUAUUUGGGUUCGGAGCUGGAGCAAAUCACAGAGUCCCUGUCACAGCAUGGCCUGUCCCAAAAUGCCACUGGCAAAUACGCCACCACGGUGAGUGAGGUCAUUGGCAGCAGCGAGCAUGAGCUCUCCGUUGGCAAGGGUGCUCGCGUGUUGGUCAUAGAUGCAGAAAAUGCCGACUGGGCGUGGUGCAGGUCGGAGCAGGACAGGCGAGAAGGAUGGCUGCCUCGAAACCUACUCCUUGUUGAGCCAGACGAAGGUGAAGAUGAGGCUGCCAAGGAUCUGCCCAGCUGGAUCAAGGUCGGUGAGCGGGCCAGGUGGUGGUCCAAGUCGCAGAAGCAGUUUUACGAUGUGAACAUCACGGUAGUGGACGAGUCAGCGAGACAAGUUACAGUGACAUUUGUGCAGGAUUCCAAGGUUUGGAAGAUGGUCAAUUUUGAACAUUUUCAGCAGAGAGAGGAGGAGUGGCUGCUUCACCCCUUCCAGUCAAAGGCCAAAGAGCUCUAUGAGCAGCUGCCACACUGGGUUCGCCCUGGCAAUACCGCUUACUGGUGGUCAACGAGCCAACAUCGAGUGCUCCCUGUCAUCAUCAGAGAUGUCUGCUCCAGAACUCGGCAGGUGAAGGUGGCGUUCAUUUGCAACAAGACCGUCAAGAAACUUGUGCAAUUUCACGAACUGAUUGACACUCCAAAAGAAUGCAUGCUGCAAGAAGAGAGGUCUGGUCAUACCUGGCGAAAGCCAAGACGAAAGUCGAAGGCAGAAGUCGGAUCAAAAGAAGCUGCAGAGGCUGGAAGCCAGACUGAAGCAGAUGCUGAUGAUGUCAGUGCAAAGGGACUUGGAGACAUCAUGGCUGAGAUGACCCAGGACAUAGGUGACAUGAUGGGGCCUGACGAUGACCCGGAUGAGCAGAAAGACAACUUGCGAAAAGCUCUCACCUUCAUGGGCAGCUCCGAGUUCUUGCAGGCUGAUCUUUAUGUGAGAGAGGGCGGCGCAACCCCACGCGAAGAUGAGGCACAGCCUGCCAGUACAACUGGCUUGCAGGCUGGCACGGACAUCGCAGAUGCCAUUACUGAUGCGGAUGUGGGAAAGGCCCUAGAAGCCGAUCCCAGCGUGCCAAGCAGCUCGCCAGGCAAGAAGGAGGCCCUCCUGCACUCCCGGUUUUCCCAGUCGGACGAGCACAUCAUGGAGGCGUUGGAGGUGAUCGCAGAAAAAAAGAGCCAGGUUGCAGCGACUCACCCAGAUGGCCUGUUCGACACCGUCGACAAGGAGCUGUUGAAGGAGCUUGCGCCGUCCUCCUCAGAAGAGGGCGCAGAUGCUGGCACACUGGAUGCGGAGGCUCUGAAAGCAUCCGGCCAAAAGGGCAUCGUGGAAGGUGAAGCAGAGGCUAAUCCACAGGCCGCACAGGGACAGCCAGACGAAGGUGGCGGCAAGGCAGAGCCUGCCGCAGAUUCUGCUCAGCCUCAGGCCAGCACCAGGGUUCCAAGUCCAGAGCUUCAAGAUGCCGAGCCUGGAGAACAACAAUCUGAAGGCGGCGCGGCACAACAGGCUCAAGCAGAAGGAGGCAGAAGUGAUGCCAUCACACCGGCAGUUGCAAGCUUGCAGCCGGAAGGUGCUGCACAGGAGAAUCCAGCGGAAGGAGGUGGUGACGCAGCAGCACUAGAGCCAGCUGCGCCCGAACCGGCUGAACCAGCGAGCCCGGCGGGUCCUGCGGCGCCUGCGACACCAAAGCUCAGCACCGAAUCCUCAGGUGAUGCUGGGCAGACACCGGCAAGUCCGUCAGCAGGCCCUGCCGAGCCUUCAGCAUCACCUGUCCCAGGUGGGGCGGUGCAGCAGACUCCAUUGGAAGGAGGUGUCACUACGCCUGCUGGGGCAACUUCGCAGCCAGAAGGUGACGCAGCAGCACUAGAGCCAGCUGCGCUCGAACCGGCUGAACCAGCGAGCCCGGCGGGUCCUGCGGCGCCUGCGACACCAAAGCUCAGCACCGAAUCCUCAGGUGAUGCUGGGCAGACACCGGCAAGUCCGUCAGCAGGCCCUGCCGAGCCUUCAGCAUCACCUGUCCCAGGUGGGGCGGUGCAGCAGACUCCAUUGGAAGGAGGCGUCACUACGCCUGCUGGGGCAACUUCGCAGCCAGAAGGUGACGCAGCAGCACUAGAGCCAGCUGCGCCCGAACCGGCUGAACCAGCGAGCCCGGCGGGUCCUGCGGCGCCUGCGACACCAAAGCUCAGCACCGAAUCCUCAGGUGAUGCUGGGCAGACACCGGCGAGGCCGUCAGCAGGCGGUGCUGGAGGUGCAGAGACGCUAGAGCCAGCUGCACCAGAGCCGCCUGAUCCGGCAAGCACGCUGGGUCUUGCGGCGCCCGGGACUCCGCAGCAGAGCACCGGAUCUCCAGGUGCGGCUGGACAGGCCGUGGCGAGUCCGUCACCAGGCGAUGCGGCAGAUGAAUCAGGAGAUCUCCUUACAACAAUGAUGCUGGAGGAGGAGCUCAAAGCAUUGUCAGCUGCUGCCAAGGAACUUCCUGAGGACGAAGACGGCAACUUGGUGGAUGAGCUCUUGCUGAGCCCCGAAGAGCUUCAGCACAGAUUUUUGGAGGAUUUGGCUCGGCAGCAAGAAGAGGCGGACGCAGCGAAGGAAUUAAGAGAGACGCAGGGGAAAAAGGACGAUGAUCAGGAGAUUCAGGAUCUGACUACAUCACAGACUAUGUACCGCAACAUUGCACGCUCGACGCCUUUGCUGCGAGAGGCUUUGCGACUUUUUGUGCCAGACAGCUGGGAUUCGGAAGAAGAGGAAAAGACUGGCCGCAAGCGUCCUGACGCGAUAAAACUUGCAUCCUGUUGGGAAAUCCUCCAGAAGGAUUUCGAGACCGUGCAGGAGGGCGAAUUCGUGCGCAUCCAUGAGGACUUUGAACGGGAAAUGGGCACAUCAGUCAACAAGAUCCAGGCCCAAGAGAAAGAUCUCAAGGAAAGAUUGGACACGCGAAUCAAGGAGGCGGAGGGCAAACUGGACACGGCAAAAGUGCAAGAGUUCAGGUCACUGACAAGGUCUGUGAUGCAGGCGGCAGAAACUGCCAAAGAAAAGCGGGAAGCUGCCAAGGCUGCACGCAUUCACCUGGCGCAGCGAAAGGUACGCGCUCGCCAAGAGGCUUUGAGAAAAGCGCUGGGCGAUGAGCCUGCAGAAGCAGCAAGCCGAGAGCUUUUGCAGCAGCAGCUUCCUGAUGCAGAGGCAUUGAAGAAGCUGUCUCCAUGUGAGGCUCUUGCGGAGGUUUCUGCAACAGCGGCCAGUUGCUUCAGGGCGCUUCAGGUGGUGGCAUUGCGACCUCCCCGGGAAGCUGGCAGGAGCACGGCCCAAGCUGCGCCAGAUGAAGCAUGGGAGAGCAAGAAGUCAACCCAAGAAAGGGACUUGGUGCAUGCAACAGCAGAAGCGCUGCCGGAGCUAAAAGCGUGCCUCAAAGCCUUGCAAAGCAGACUCCAAGAGGAAAAGAAUAAUCCGCCAGACGUGGAUCAAAGAUUAAGGGUUGUUGCGACAGAUGAAGACAAGAUGGGCAAGGAGGACAAGCGUGAGUUCGUCAUGUUUGAAGGUCAGCAAGAGUACGACUGGGAGCGAAGCAUAAAGCUGAAGAUGCAGGCGCAGAUGCGGCGCCGCGACGUGCACACAAAGGAGUGCCUAGAGCGAGUCACCCGGGCCUUGCACCGGCGAUGGCGGCGGCAACGUGACAGGGACAAGGCGCGCAACAUGCAGCAGCUGGCGGCACUUGUGACGGCCAUUGAUGAGACGCAGGUUGCAUUGGACAAGAUUCGAAAGGAGCACUUAGACGCUGUAGAGAAAGAGGUAGAGGAUCUCGAGCGUGAACGCCGGCGGUUGCAAGAGCAGACCCGGGUGCUCAUGGGUGCAGCACUCGUCGUGCGGCAGGAGAAAGCACGAAUCAACAAGGCGUGGUAUGCAGAACCACGGGAGAAAAGGGCGCUCACAUUCCAGUCCUUGAAGACUGUUAGAAGACUGCACUCCGAUAUGAUCAGUUUCCCUGUCACGGCAGAGUUCAAACAGAAGCAUUCUGUGCUUCUGUACUCCCUGCGAAUGCUCGAGGGGCGCUUGCGCAAGGAUUGCCCUUACGCAAAGGAUUCUGACAUCCAAGAGGGCCCCCUGGAGGAGACGCCAGAGCACAAAAAGCAGAUGGAGGAGAUUGACGCGGAUUUCGAAGAGCAGCUGGCUGCCGACUCUGACGAGCUGCGCGCCAUUAGCCGGUCCAAGGCACAGCGGGCCAUGGCCAGAGAGGCUGCCCAAAGACGACAAGCUGCUGAGGACAUGCUGGCACCAGCGCUCAAGGAGGCGAGCGAAGCAUUGCGCCGCUGUGAGCGUGCUGCACGGAGAACAGAGAUCGCGGAAGAUCUUCUGCGCCCAUUGGCAGCGCUUUCAGCCCAACUCGGCGCGGAGGCGUUCCGACAUGAGCAGCUCGAGAAAUCAACGCCUGAGCCUGCAACCUUUCAUCCAAAGCUCAAGCGGCAGGAGGCAUCGCUGGCAGCAACACUACAGGUGGUGCAAGGAUUGCUGUCCCAGCUGGAUGCAGAGCAGGUGUCCCAGAUAGCAGCAGCCCCCAGCACACUUGGCAAAGAGCCAGACUGGCAGGAUGCCUUGGAUAAAGCAUCUCAGAAAUGGGCAAGUUUUUGCAAAGACUACCCAGCAAAUGCUCCCGAAGAGCAAGAGACACCGCGUGGAGACAAAACAAUGUCUUCGCAAGCAUCAGUGGCUAGCACGCUUGCCCUGGAUGAUUUGGAGGAGGAUAUUGAAGGAACUCCUCCAAGAAAAGGCGCUGCCAAGGCUCCGCCAAAGCGAGUGCCACCGCCGCCGCCCAACCGAAAGGCGCCUGCUCGGCCACCUAGCGCUGGCAGCAUUCCUCCUUCAAGCCCUGCCGUGGGUUCCAAAGCACAGCCACCCGGCAAUGACCAGGGCACCAAGAAAGGUGCGGCAUUGUUGGAAAAGCUGGAUGAGCUCUCAGCAACCAUGGACCGUGCGCUGGGCAAGAAUGCCUUGAAGUCCACCAACUCUUCAUCGGCACUUGGUGGGCGUAGCUUGAAGCCUCCAGGCAUUGGCAAGGGAGCCAAGCGGUGAGGUGAGCCCAGAAGAUCAGUCCUCAUCAUGUAGCUUAAGCAAAUUACAGUAUCUACAUGGCUGCUGGCCUGACACGAC